AUGAAUAAACAAUUGGAAGAGGUCGAAUCUCUAUGCCUCAAAGGAAUCAAGAAAGGAGACAUAAGAACGGUAGAAAUGUAUUUCGGCCCUUAUCUUUCGUUUGUGCCAGUCACACAGCACAGUGCGUUCAUAAAGGCAUACAUGCUUCUGCAUUACUUCGCAUCAAACCAGAAGGCAUUGUUCUACACAACACUGGAGACUGUAACACCCUCUGAGCUUCAAGACAAAAGCAUAAGGCUUGUCAUGGAGGUGGACACAUGCGUCAGCAUAGGAGCUGUUGAGAAGCUUAAAAAGGCUGUUGCAAGCAACACAAGCAAGGAAUUAAGUACUGUUCUCAAAAGCAUUGUUGACAGUCAAAUGAAAACGAUCGAGCUAUCAGAAUGUUCUGAAGAAGUAGAAGCGAUGGGCCAGGAAGUGAUUGACAGACGAAUCAUCGAGGGUGCAAUGUUUAUUGGAAAGAACUCAUCUGGGAAUUUCUGA